ACUCUGAAUAAGCUUAUGCAGUGUGGAGUACCAAAUAUUGCCAAAAACCAUUUCUUCUUAUUUUGCACAUCACUACAGGUGGGUAGAGGUAGGCAACCAAAUACGUUAAAAACUCCCGCCACAAUAAAUGCUCUUGUUUGUGUUAGAAUUCUUUACUGAAAACUAUUUUAAAUCCCAUCUUUCCUAAACUGUAGAAGACUUUUGCAACUUAAUAUGUGUAAAGAAAAGUUUAAUGAUAUUGUUUUCGAUUUAUAUUUCACUUGAUGUUCAAUUUGGAUUUAGAACUCUUAUUCUCAAAUUUAUAAGACUGCGUAUCCAAAACCCUUCUUAAUGUAAAGUGAAUUGCACUCAUAGUAGUUGAAAAUCUAUAGAAAGUUCUUUAAAAGGGUUAUUUUGAUGCAGAUCGUAUUCAUAUAAUAUUAUCUUCUUUCUACUAAAAACAAAAAUCGAAGGAAUGAUAAAAUAAUAUUUCGUUCGAUUUGACAGUAAAUAAAACUCAUGCUGUGCGUGCCUAAAUAUUAAAAAGAAAAUGUGUUUUCUGUUCGAUACACGUAAUUAAAAAAGCAAUUUAUGCAGUGUGUGUUAAAUGCAUUCUGACCGAAGGAGAUAUUAUUAUUGAAGGCAAUAUCUUCUGUGUUGGCAGUAAUAUUUUUUGUUGUGACACUAACAAAUAAAAAAUAUCUGGGCAAAAUGUGACACAUAGUUGCAAUGAUAUUCUAAGAGAAAAAUAUUCUCAUUGAAAUUUAAUGUUAGCACUUUGCUUAAAAGUGUCCAAGUGUAGUUAAUAAUUAUUUUAAAUAAGAAGUAAUUUCAUUCAAAUGUUUUGUGUUCAUUAUAAAUUGAUAAAUUAUUUAGGCAGUCGCGAUAAAUAAAUAACGAAGAAUGGAAUUUCGUUUAAUCUAACUAACACUUUAGACACACUUUUCCAUGCAGUGCAUUAUUAAACAGUUGUAGUUACAUUACAUCUACAGUAUUUUAUUUUGCUUAUUUAAAAAAAAAUUAUUGAAGUAAGUGAUUUGAUACAACAUGAUCAUUUUUGUAAUAUGUGCUAUUGACAGCCUCUUUGUGCUAUUUAAAUGAGUUGCUUUUGUUGUGAAAAUUAUUUUGAUUUAUUGCCUUCAUUUUAAUUAAUGGCUUAUUAUUUUUCCGUUAUCUAAUUACAGCUAUCUGUUUCAAAUAAAGAUGAAAUUUUUUUAUUUUGAGUAAAAAAUCUAUAUUAUUUCUUAUAUUUAAGCAUUUCUAUUUUAAUAUCAUUACAAAGUGGAUUUAUGUCUUCAUUUUUUGCAUAUUUAGGAUUGUUAUAUUAGAGAUCUUACUCAACUACGCACAAUUUAUCUACCCUUAUUAUUCUUGCUCUAGUAACACACGCAAAAGUGUCUUACAACAAUAUUUUGCUUAGUAUUCUGGUAGUGUAAUGAUUUAAUUUUUAAAGCUUGCAAAAAGAGACCCAUUCUUAAAACAGGUCAUAUAAUCAAGAAUCUUAUUUCUUGCAUUUCAUGUAAUUAGAAUUUUUCUUAAAAUUAUUCACAUUUUUCUUAACAUUGUUAAGAAACCUUAUUUGUGCAGUAUGAGCAAAUAAAGUUUUUCUCAGAAAAGUAAACAUAUACUGUGAAAGUGUUUUUCAUCCUGUAAGAUAACCUUCUUGAAAUAUAUGUAACUAGAUUUUUUCAAAAAGAAUAAGCCUCACUAAACACUGCAAAGCUAAUACUAGGGAUAAAUCCUAUUUUUGUAAUAUAUAUAAUAGUUUUUCACAAAAAGAUCUUCAGACUAAACACAAUCGUGUUCGUAUGGGUGAGAAGCCUUAUUUUUGUGGUAUGUGUAAUAAGAGUUUCUCACGAAAAAAUUUACUGACUGGUGAUUCUGGCUCAUUCUGGUGAGAAACCUUACUCUUGUAGUAAAUGUAGUAAGAUAUUUUCAGUUAGAAAUAAUAUGACUCAACAUAGUCGUGUUCAUACUGGUGAGAAGCCUUAUUCUUGUAGUGUCUGUAAUAAGAGGUUCUCAGUUGGAAAUCAUUUGACUCAACAUAGUCGAGUUCAUACUGGCGAGAAACCUUAUUCUUGUAGUAUAUGUAAUAAGAGUUUUUCACGAAGAGAUAUACUGACUCAACAUAGUCGUGUUCAUACUGGUGAGAAACCAUAUUCUUGUAGUAAAUGUAGUAAGAGAUUUUCAGUUAGAAAUAAUUUGGCUCGACAUAGUCUUGUUCAUACUGGUGAGAAGCCUUAUUCCUGUAGUGUUUGUAAUAAGAGAUUUUCAGUUAGAAAUCAUUUGACUCAACAUAGUUGUGUUCAUACUGGUGAGAAACCUUAUUCUUGUAGUAAAUGUAGUAAGAGAUUUUCAGAUAGAAAUAAUUUGACUCGACAUAGGCGUGUUCAUACUGGUGAGAAACCUUAUUCAUGCAGUGUAUGUAAUAAAAGUUUUACAGGAAGAGGUCAACUGACUGAACACAGUCGUCUUCAUACAGGUGAGAAGCCUUAUUCUUGUUGUAUAUGUUAUAAUAGAUUUUCAACUAGAUUUUAUUUGACUAAACAUAUUCGUAUUCAUACUGGUGAGAAGCCUUAUUCUUGUAGUCAAUGUAAUAAGAGAUUUUCACAAAGAAAUAGUUUGACUCGACAUAGUCGUGUUCAUACUGGUAAGAAGCCUUAUUCUUGUAGUAAAUGUAAUAAGAGAUUUUCAGUUAGAAAUAAUUUGGUUCGACAUAGUCGUGUUCAUACUGGUGAGAAACCUUAUUCUUGUAGUGUAUGUAAUAAGAGAUUUACACAAAGUGGUCAACUGACUGUACAUAGUCGUGUUCAUACACGUGAGAAGCCUUAUUCUUGUAGUGUAUGUAAUAAGAGAUUUACGCAAAGUGGUCAACUGACUGUACAUAGUCGUGUUCAUACACGUGAGAAGCCUUAUUCUUGUAGUAUGUGUAAUAAGAGAUUUUCAACUAGAUCUUAUUUGACUAAACAUAUUCAUGUUCAUACUGGGAAAUAAACCCUAUUCUUGUAGUAUAUGUUAUAAGAGUUUUUCACUAAUAGUUCUUCUAAAUAAGCACAUUUUUGUUCAUAUUGGAGAGAGACCUUUUUCAUGUAAUCAGUCUUUUUCAAGGAAGGAUUAUCUAACUCAUCACAUUCAUGUUCACACUGUUAAGAAGUUAUUUUUUUAUGUGCGUAAAAAUAGUUUUUGUUUUUGCUUUGGUCAGGUUUCGUCCAAUUUUUCAUAAUUUUAUUUAUACUUGUUAAAGACCUCAUUCUUAUAAUCAGAGCUCA